AUGGAGGAAGAAAGCGACAUAGAAAGGUUUCAUCGCAUGCAACAAUCGUAUCUAGGAAAUCAGGAAAAAGCAGUUUCAAGUGUGUAUGUCAAGAAUCUAGACGCUUCUGUCUCCAACUCGGACAUCGCUGCCCACUUCAGAUCCUGUGGAAACAUAUCUGGAAUAAAUGUUAUUAGCACAAAAAACUCUAAGAAGUACGCCAUAAUUGAUUUCUCUUCCGAGAAAUCUGUUGAAAUGUCCCUGCUAUUUAAUGGAUCUGUUCUGAAAGGAAAAAAGAUAAUUGUCCAAAGAAAGAGAGAUCGAUAA